AUGAAAGGCGAAGUUAAAUUCGCUAAAGCUGGUGAGGGACAUCGAUUAAAUGAGCCAACAUCUAGAAAUGUACCAGUACAACCACGUCCACCAACUGCUACACGACAAAGUUCUGAUGGUGGAGUAGCAGCUCGAGCUGCUGCAGAAGCAGCACAGCAACGUUUACAACAACAAACAUCUUGGCAACAAUCUGCCGCUCCAAGUAGUCGUACAGCGGAUAGUAUUCGUCGUCAAGCACAACGUGAACUUGAACAAGAAAAAGCACUUGAUAAUCAACUUCAACAAGCUCUUGAUUUAAAAGAUCAUUAUUUUGGCAAUCGACAAAUUAGUGUUGAAAGUUCUCCUGUAAUUGAUCAUACAAAUUUUCUUUUUAAAUGUCCUGAUAUAUUUGGUGAUGAUGUUAGUUUACCUUAUAAUGAAUUACAGCAACAAAUUGAAGAAACACUUCGUUUACAACUUGAUUCUGAACCUAUUGUUUCGGCAACACUUCUCUUCAUAACAUGUAAUCAAAAAGAACAAGAAAAAUUAAAAGCCUGUAAAGAAAUUAUUUGUAAAUAUUUCGAUAAUAUCAUUACUAAUCCUGAUGAAGAUAAAUAUCGUCGAAUUAAAUUGCAAAAUAAAGUUUAUCUUGAAAAAGUUGCUUCAUUAAAAUAUGCUUUUGAAUUACUUCAAGCUAGUGGAUUUUUACCAUCUGAUGAUAGUGAAUCAAUUAUUUAUCAAGAACGUUCGAUUGAACCUUUACAAUUAGCACGAGAUACACUUUUAAAUGGUGAACCUAUACAAGUUCAACUUGAUAGAAAUUUAAAAAUAUUUCGACCAACAAAAGAACGUCCAGCAAUUCCACCUGUACAACUUUUACCACAAGAUCCAUUAUUUUAUCAAACUACAGUUGGAGAUGUAUUACGUGAAAAACAACGACAAAAAGAUAUUCUUGAUAAAGAACAAAUGUUACGAACAAAAGCAAUGCGUGAACGUGAUGAAAAAGCUGAAUCAAAUGUACAAUAUAAAUAUACCGUUAUACGUAUACGGAUGCCUAAUGAAAUGAUACUUCAAGUUAUUUUUCAAUCUCAUGAUCCUCUUUCAUUAUUAUUUGAUUAUUUACGUUCAUAUUGUCUUGUACAUGACUGGUUACCAUUUUCAUUGAUAUCUAAUGUUGGUCGACAAGCUUAUGCAAGUCAAGAGGAACAUUCUUCAACAUUUAAUCAAUGUGGCCUUGUACCAGCUGCUUUACUUUCAUUUCGAUGGGAUGAAGAAGCUUUACGUGAUGUUCAAAAGCAAACACCUAAUUUUCCAGCUGACAUUUAUAUUAAACCUGAAGUGCUUGCAAAUGCUAAUCAAUUCUAA